AUGGUGAGCGCGGUGGUAUACCCGCUUUCGGGUACGGCCGAUUUGUCCAGGAUCGAAGCUCCAGUGACCUUCAAGGCCUAUCUACUCUGCGGCUUCGCAGCGUUUGGUGGUAUCUUCUUUGGAUAUGACACCGGAUGGAUGUCGGGUGUGUUGGGGAUGCCUUACUUCAUUACUCUAUACACAGGAUUGCAGUAUAACUACGAAACCGGAGAACCAGUAGAUGUCCCCAAAACCGAGUUCGGUCUUCCUUCCUCUCAAAAGUCUCUCAUGACAUCGAUCCUCUCCUGCGGUACCUUCUUUGGAGCUCUUAUUGCCGGUGAUGUCGCCGAUUUCCUCGGCCGCCGUCCUACUAUCAUCAUCGGGUGUCUCGUCUUCUGCGUCGGAUGCAUUCUCGAAAUCAUCUCGACCAACCAGGAAGUGCUAUUUGUCAUGGGCCGUUUGGUAUCAGGUGUGGGAGUCGGUUUCAUUUCCGCCGUUAUUAUCCUGUACAUGGCCGAGGUUGCGCCUAGGAAGGUUCGUGGUGCUCUUGUGUCAGGGUAUCAGUUCUGUAUUACGCUUGGUAUUCUACUCGCCAACUGCGUGACAUACGCCAGCUCGAACCGAAACGACACCGGUUCCUAUCGCAUUCCAGUCGGCGUCCAGUUCCUAUGGGCCAUCAUUCUAGGCAUCGGCCUCUUUAUCUUGCCCGAGUCCCCCCGUUACUAUGUCAUGAAGGGCAAAAUCGAUCUUGCCGCCAGGUCUCUCUCGCAAGUUCGUGGUCAGCCACUGGACUCGGAUUACAUCAAGGAUGAGUUGGCGGAAAUUGUCGCAAACCACGAGUAUGAGAUGCAGAUUAUUCCCCAGACUAGUUACAUCGGCUCGUGGAUUGCUUGCUUUCAGGGUUCACUGCGCAAAGGCAACAGCAACCUCAGACGUACCCUUCUUGGUUCUGGCAUGCAAAUGAUGCAGCAGCUCACCGGUAUCAACUUCAUCUUCUACUUCGGCACCACCUUCUUCCAGCAGCUUGGCACGAUCCAAAACCCAUUCUUCAUUUCCCUUGUCACUACUCUCGUCAACGUUCUGUCCACGCCGAUUUCCUUCAUUGCUGUCGAGAAACUAGGCCGUCGUGUUCUUCUUAACUGGGGGGGUGUUGGCAUGGUCAUCACACAGUUCAUUGUCGCCAUCGUUGGUGUAACCGAAGGCCGCCCGGAGGCCCAAAACGACGCUGCUGUCAAGGUCAUGAUCGCCUUCAUUUGCAUCUACAUCUUCUGUUUCGCUUCCACCUGGGGUCCGGUCGGCUGGGUCAUCAUCGGCGAGUGCUUCCCGCUGCCCAUCCGUUCUCGUGGUGUUGGUAUCUCGACAGCCUGCAACUGGUUCUGGAACUGUAUCAUUGCCGUUAUCACCCCUUACAUGGUGGGUAACACACCCGGCUCGGCCAACUUGGGCCCCAGGGUGUUCUUCAUCUGGGGGUCUCUCUGCAUCGGCUCGACACUUUUUGCGUACUUCUUGGUUCCUGAAAUGAAGGGUCUGACACUCGAACAAAUCGACACGAUGAUGGAGGAGACUACACCAAGGAAGUCGAGAAGCUGGAAGCCGACGUCCACUUUUGCCGCGCAGAUGGGACGUGUCAGGGACGAGAAGGGCAGUGCGAACCAGCAGGAGUUUGCUCCCGAGUCGGAGCCGUGA